GUAGUACGCGUUCGUCUCCCACCAGUCGCGCGACGUCUGCGCACACGCAGCCUUCGCGCUCAAAGUAACUAAUCUGAAGCAAGUGUGAAUCUUUGUAAACUUUAUCAGUGGAUUACAGUGUUAAAAAAAACUUAUAAUAUGUGUGUUCAAUCUAGUGAAUCGAUGUAAAGCGUGACGGCAAUAACUUUCAUAAUAACUGUUUAUGGUUUACAGUGUCUAUUGUUGUGUGCGCGUCCACUAAUCUCCUAUUCACCUGUUAACGCCAAAUGUGGUUAGACUGUGAAAUGUGACAAAAAAUUGCAAUGAUCUACCAUUGUUCCGUAAGGACCCUGAAUUUGUAAACUUUGUGGGCGACUACCUGACUACUGGAGGGUUGGUCGCAUCGUUGGAUCGAUCGGACGAUUCGUCGCCUUAUGAAUCUACUAACGUAAUGUCUGAGAACGGAACGGUAGUUUCAAGGGCUUCCACUCCUCGCCCAGCAACAAAUAGUCCAGUGACCGCUCCUUUGCGCUCGAGACAUGACCAAUUUCUUGCAAGUGCAGCUGAACGAGCCCAGAGACCAUCAUCAAGUGGUCGAAAUGCAAAUGGAAACUUUGAUUCCCCUCCUAUUCCUCCUUAUCAUCGCCAAAUAACUACAGGCACCCUUCUUGCUCCUUCUCAUCGCGAAUCUUCUGCAUUUGUACCUGUUGUGCCAACAAGAGCCAUGCACCCUGUUAUGUAUCCAAACGAAAUGCAUCCUUCGCUUCUACCAUCUGAAAUGAUAGAAAGGGAAAGAAUGUUAGAAAGAGACAGAAGUGAACCAGCCAAGGGGUCACCUGAUAGAACUUCAGGCAAUUUUGCUAAAAGAAAUUCUUUUGACCUUAUGGCCAUGAUGGUAGAAAAGCGCAAAGAAGUGGCCUUGCGUGAGGCUGCAGCAGCUAUGCUUAUUCCACACCACAGAGCUUCGUCAAUAGAUGGUAUGAUAUCGGACGGAUCAUCACAACCUCCAAUUUAUGGUCCUCCUGGAGCAUUUCUCGGGGCUCCAGGACCUUCUCCAACUGCUGCUAACAGUUUCACUUUUCCUGGUGCCGGAUUAUUCCCUUCCGGGGCUGGUCCCCAUCAAAUGCACCCUCAUCUUGAUAGACGAUUGCUUAGAGCCCCUGGGAGGGCUUCAAGACCGAAAAAACAAUUUAUCUGUAAAUUCUGCAAUCGCCAAUUUACAAAAUCCUAUAACCUUCUUAUCCACGAAAGGACGCACACGGAUGAACGACCAUAUUCAUGUGAUAUCUGCGGAAAAGCUUUCAGAAGACAAGAUCACUUGAGGGACCACAGGUACAUUCAUUCAAAAGAGAAACCAUUUAAAUGCACAGAAUGCGGGAAAGGGUUUUGUCAAUCGCGGACUUUGGCUGUUCACAAGAUCCUUCACAUGGAAGAAUCUCCUCACAAAUGUCCUGUAUGCAGUCGAAGCUUCAACCAACGCUCUAAUCUUAAAACACAUUUACUCACCCACACCGAUCACAAACCCUAUGAGUGUAAUUCGUGUGGAAAAGUAUUUAGAAGAAAUUGUGAUUUGAGGAGGCAUGCAUUAACUCAUGCUGUCGGUGACGUUCCCACAGGGGACGUUUUAGAUGUAGGCGAAGAGGAAAUGGGGAGAUCUGGAUCACCAAUUGAGCCAGGAUAUGAUGAUGAAGAUCAAGACCUUUCUUCUCCUGAACAUUCUCCAGUAAGAAGAGCUCGCUCAUCAUCUAUCGAAAGUAUCGGUAGAGAACAAAGUGAAGAACGACCACGGCCCGCAUCACCAUCCCCAGUAGAACGCACUCAUUGUCAUCACAAUGAACCUAGAGAUCGAGCUAGCCCUUAUACUAUGCGUCCACAGCAUCAAGACAAAUAUCGUAUGCAUUCAUCAGACUUUUAUGAAAAACGAAAAUAUACAUCUGAAGAAAUAAUGGAGAAGGAAUUACGAUAUUCAGAGAAUUCCGAACAUCAAGUGAGACAUCCUCAGCUACAAAUUCGAAGAGAUUUACACCAGGUUCCUAACCCUGAUACAUCAAAAAUAAAUCAAAUGACUAGCCCGACGAUAGAUCCAGGACCUACAGGAAUUUAUUUAGGCCCAUUCCGAAAAAGGAGUCAUCCUCCCGAUAUAGGGGAAAAUAUAAGAAGCUGCGCAGCCGUUUACAGGAGUCGUUCACCAGAACCAACAAAUUUAACUAUGCCAAGACCACCAAUGAGUGGAAGUGAGGUUGUAGUAGGGGUUCCACCUUCUUUAAUUGCAAUGCAACCAUAUCACAAAUUUGGUUUACCCUUGCCUCCUCCACACCCACAAAUACCAUAUGGUCCAGUUCCUCAUUCGGUGUUAGGGCCCCAACAAACAGUGGCUCAAGAUUUGAUUGUCAAACAUGCUCCUCCUAAAGAUACAAUACCGAGCACAUCAACUAUUGUAACGAGUAGCAAUGAUAUUUCACAAAGUAACUCCAAGGACUGUGUUAGUUCUGAUUCAACUAGCAUUGCAAAUGGAAUUAAGAAUAUAGUUGGCAUUCAGCCAAACACAAAUCCAAAACCAGGAACGAGCCAAUCGAGCGGUCCAAGAAAAGGUUUUAGCAUAGAAGAUAUAAUGAGACGUUAAUUAUUAUAUAAAUUAAUUUUAUUUCUUAGAAGUAUUUUAAAACAAAUGUAAAUAAAUAUCUUAUCAUUUACCUAUUAGUUUUAGUUUUUUGAAAAGUAUUAUUAGUUAAAUGUAACAUCAGUGUGAAUUGUCAGAUUUGUGGACGUAAGUGUAUGUGACGAUUUGGUUUUCGUAUAGAUCUCAUAUGGUUUGUUUGUGCAGUGUUUUGUUUACAUCAAAAUUUUAAGUAACUAGAUUAUCUAAAAUUUUAGGCCAUACUUUGUUAGUAUAGGAAAUCUUUAUGUUUGAAGUUCCAGUGACUGUUAUAGUAAAUAUAAUUUAAUAUGCGUAGUUUGGAAUAACACUAAAUGUUAUUUAUUAUUUAGAUAUAAUUUUAGUUAUUUAUAAGGAAGCAAUGAUAGAUUACUGUAAUUUGAUAAUUAUUUACGUUUGGUUAAGAUUUUAAGAUUAUUACGAUUUUUAUGGUAUAAAAAUAUUAAUUUCUGUGGAAAGCCGAUAAUUCAUAACAACAAACAGUAUUGUAAUGAUUUUGAUUUUUGUAUAGCAACGACAAAUAUCUGUUUUGUAGUACAUGAAUAUAAUAUAUAUUUUUAAUAUAUAUUAUGUAUUGUUUAAAAUAAUGUCAGAUAGAUUGCAAACUAUGAGUUAUCAUAAAAGUUAAAUUGCUCAGAAAAUUAUAUAAGUGAAGUAUAUUUUAAGUAUCAAUGAACUAUGUUCUUAAUUUUAUUGAAUUAAAUUAUAAUAAAAUACUUUUAAUUAUUA